UGCUGGGGAGGCUGGGAUAAAUGGCCCGGCCUGUGGACGCCGCGAUGCCGCGCUUCUCUGGCGUUCUGUCGUUCUCGCUGCCGUGUCACCGGGCUCACCACGGAGAGGGACAUCGGUUCCUCCUCCUGUGCCUCCUGCUGCUGGCCCCCGCGGCUGCCCGGGUCAUCUGUGAGAGUCAGGUGAUAUAUAACUGCCACCUGUGGUUUGGACAUAGUUUUCACAAUGGAAUUUCCUGAUUUGGGGAAGCAUUGCUCAGAAAGGACUUGUAAACAACUAGAUUUUCUUCCAGUAACUUGUGAUGCCUGCAAACAAGAUUUCUGUAAAGACCACUUUUCGUACACAGCUCAUGAGUGUCCCUUUGCAUUUAAGAAGGAUGUGCAGGUGCCUGUGUGUCCACUCUGUGAUGUCCCCAUCCCUGUGCGAAGGGGUGAGACCCCGGACGUGGCGGUUGGUGAGCACAUCGACCGGGACUGCGCCCCUCGUCCUGGGAGGGGAGAGAAGGUUUUCACAUACCGAUGCUCAAAAGAGGGCUGCAAGAAGAAGGAGAUGCUGCAGCUGGCCUGUGUGCAGUGCCACGGCAACUUCUGCAUCCAGCACAGGCAUCCUCUGGACCACAGCUGCCGGGCUGCGAGCUGCUCAGCUGGCAAAGCUAGGGGCUCAGUGACCCGAGUUCCUGAGUCAAAGCCGUCAGGAGCUUUGAAUGCACUGUCCUCCAGUUGGCUGGCCCAGCAGCUCAGGUACUGGUCUGAUGGCAUAUGUGGCUUCGGCUCUGCUGACAUUGGCGUCACCACCCUGUGCCUGGUAGUUGCAGUGCUGUCAGUCAGCUGUGGAGGGUGGCACGCUUCCACGAGGGCGGGUGACGUGAGACCCGCACAGUCCAUGUCAGCACCAUGUCGCGUCAGCCGAACCCUGAUAGCUGCUUCUGGAACGUCUCAAGCGGCCCCCAAGGCCCUUUUGCAUGAGGGACCCUUAGAUAGUCAACAUGUGGUCACCUCACCAGUUCUUUCUGUCCUCUUCCAGAUGGAAGGUGAAGCAGUGAUGGGGCGCUUGUCCCAGCUGCUCGUCGCCUCGCUUUGGCGCUGUUGUGAUGAAGAUGACGCGUCCUGUAGCACUUUCCUCCCCCUGGCCAGCAGCCUGGUCUUUGUUAAUGCUCUCUCACAGUUGCGCUCAUCACUUCUCAAAGCAGUCAGAGGCCGUUAAGCAGCACUCUGAGGUGGGCUGUGUUACCAUAACAACAAAAGCCCGCUGGCUUCAGGAGCAGAGGAUCUGAGUGAGCCUCAUGGGUGAUGACUGUGUUCUGGCCUCACCCUUUUCGGCCUUCUGGGAAAUUCUGUUGCUUAAACACAAGAUAGCUGAUGGCAGCUCUGGAAUUGUCCCUUUCUGUACUGACGUGGGUUUUGGAGCCCAGAGAAGAAGGGCCUUUACUGCCUGCCGAGGGUCCAGGUGGCCCUUGACACUGCUGUCCCUUGAGCGCAUGAGUUAGCCCAAUCCUGACUCCAAAGGCCUGAGCCACUAUUGAGAGAGAACCGUACUGCAGAGCGCUGUCUGCACAGCUGGCCUUAGCAAUGGUCUGGUCUGUAUGGCAGCUCUUUCCUACCUGGCUUUAGUUUCAGCUCCAAGAAGAAUGUCAACACAGGCUUUUCCAGGAGAAGCUCUGCGUGAUGUUGAGGAAGUAGAAACCUCCGCUGGCUUCUGGCGCUCUGGAGGCUGUGGGGCUGCUUUACGGCUUCCAGACUCAGAGCCCUAGGUGGUGGUGAGGACAGGCUGGGGUAUGCAGCCCAUGGCCACUCCAGGUCCACACGAGAGCAGGGGUCCCCUUCACAGCUGGGUGGUUUCUGCACUGGUUGCCAUUUCUUACAGGGAGGAAUGUGUUGGAGGGGCCUGGGCAGAUACCAGCAUGAAAUUGGUCCUGACCACUUUUAUAUGACCCUCCAUGCUUGUGUCUCAAGGGUGACAUGAGGCCAUGCUGCCUUUUGUUUUGUUUUGUUUUUUUUUUUCGAGGUAGGGUCUCACUGUAGCCCAGGCUGACCUGGAAUUCACUACGGAAUCUCAGGGUGGCCUCAAAUUCACAGCAACCCUCCUACCUAUGCCUCCCGAGUGCUGGGAUCAAAGGCGUGCGCCACCAUGCCCAGCAAUGCUGCCUUUUUUGACCUUAACCCUGUAUUCCAGCCAUACGGUCUGACAUCCUGUUAAAAACAGUUCACUGUGCCCAUUUUAACUAUUACAGCAACUUUUUUUAUCUUGUUUUGUAGCCUCUAUAUAACAAGGGGGUGGAGUGUAUUUCAGUUCUACAGUAGAUUUGGGCCAUUUCUGUGCUGUCUCAUGUAGUGGCCCUUAUUGUAAGCCAGUGAUUCCCCAGCUGCAGCUCACAUUAGAACAGUGCUGAGCUCUUGGCAGUGCUGGGCCACCCUCUCCUGAAGUUUCUGACUGUAGAUCUCUGGGCACUUGGGAUCUGCACUUAGGACAAGGCCAGGCGAUACUGCGGUCUGGGUCACACCUAAAACCACUUUCUGCACCUUCACUGUCCAGGGUGGCAGCCACUUGCCAUAGUGGUGAUAGACACUUGAAAUGUUGCCAGCACAGAUGAGCUUUUAAUUCUUGUAAGUUUAAAAACUGCUGGUUCAUGCCAGACUUACUUAGUGGUGCACACCCUCAAUCCCAGUACUUGGGAGGCUGAGGUAGGAGGAUUGCUGUGAGUUCAAGGUCAUCCUAGGAUUACAGAGGAAGUUCCAGGUCAGCCUGGCCUAGAACAAGUCCUUACCUCAAAAUAACAACAACAAAUCACAUUGAGGAAGGCAGGGACAUGACUCAGUGGUAGAGUGUUGGCCUAGAAUGUUCAAGAACCCAGGUUCAACAAAACAACAAAACUAAAUACAUGUAAAUAUUGUUAAAUGCAUUGUUUACACAUUGGAAUACUUUAUAAUGGUUAAUAAAACAUUAAAAUUUUCACCUGUA